AUGGCUACAGAAUACAAACUCAAAGACAUCAAGUCCCUUCGGGACAUCCCAAACCUGGAAAAAGUCGAAUCCGAGGUGGAAGGUGUGCAGGAUGGAAAGGUGCUUGUUGUCAGGCUAGACGAUAAGUUUCAUGCUAUCAGUCCACGGUGCACUCAUUACGGUGCACCAUUAAAGUUGGGUGUUGUUGCACCAGAUGGUCGAAUUACAUGUCCCUGGCAUGGAGCCUGCUUCACCGUCGCGACUGGUGAAAUCGAAGAUGCACCUGCACCAAACCGUCUAAACACAUUCGAAGUCUACGAAAAGGAGGGCGCAGUAUACAUAAAGGGUGAAGAAGGUGCUAUUAAAACAGGACAACGAGACCCCAACCUCAAAUGCUCAGCUUCUACCGAUGAGAAAGUCGUCGUUGUCGGAGGUGGAAGCGGUUCCUUUGGCACAGUCCAGACACUUCGUGAACUCAACUUCAAAGGCAGCGUAACCCUAAUCACCAAAGAACCCAACCUCCCCUUGGACCGCACCAAGCUAUCCAAAGCAUUGAUCGCAGAUGCAUCCAAGAUUGAGAUUCGUCCUGCAGAAUGGUACUCCAACGCCGGUAUUGACAUUGUCCACGACGAAGUCACCGGCGUUGAUUUCAAUGCAAAGUCCGUGACCACCCACUCCGGAAAGACAUACCCAUACACCAAACUCGUUUUGGCCACAGGCGGUGUUCCUCGCUCGCUACCAUUAGAAGGAUUCAAAGAUCUAGGGAAUAUCUUCCGACUCCGUUUUGUUACAGACGUACAAAACAUUCUCGGCGCAUUGGGCGAAGAAAAGAAGAAAGUAGUGAUUAUCGGCAGUUCAUUCAUCGGCAUGGAAAUCGGUAAUGCACUCUCCAAAAACCACGAAGUCAGCAUCGUGGGCAUGGAAAAGGCACCCCUUGAAAGAGUGAUGGGCGAACAAGUCGGCAAAAUCUUCCAGGGUCUCCUCGAAAAAUCUGGCGUGAAAUUCUACAUGAAUGCAAGCGUCGACAAGGCUACCCCUUCCCCUGCCAGUCCCGAUAAAGUCGGCGCCGUCCAUCUCAAGGACGGCACCGUCCUACACGCGGAUGUAGUCAUACUCGGCAUCGGUGUGAAACCCGCCACAGACUUUCUAGCCAACAACCCAUCCCUCCCCCUGGAAAAGGACGGCUCAAUCCGGACCGACGAAACCUUCUCCGUCCCCUCGUUAAACGGAGACGUCUAUGCAAUCGGCGACAUAGCAACAUAUACCUACCACGGCCCCGGUUCCGAGCCCGAAACAGGCUCUCCGGUACGCAUUGAGCAUUGGAAUGUAGCUCAAAACGCCGGUCGAGCCGUAGCACGCUCAAUCGUCAAUAAACCCUCUAGCCCACGCAAACAACACAAAGCCUUCAUUCCGGUCUUCUGGUCCGCCCUAGGCCAACAAUUACGCUACUGCGGCAACACCAUGGCCUCAAAUGGAUUCGACUCGUUGGUACUUAAGGGGGAGCCUGAGAACGCCAAGUUUGCGGCGUAUUAUGCAAAGGGGGAUACGAUUGUAGCUGUUGCGACGAUGGGGAUGGAUCCGAUUAUGGUGAAAGCGGCGGAGUUGAUGAGGAGGGGGAAUAUGCCGAAAAAGGCGGAGAUUGAGCGUGGUGUCGAUUUAUUGAAGGUUGAUGUGCCGGGGAGGGUGGUUAUUUAAAUUGAUUAGUCUAUGAUAAGGAUGCUUAAAUUGGUAAUUGGUCAUAUAUAUAUAUUUCCUCCCACCAUACAGACAUAUAGAUAUAAACAUAAAGUAAAGAACGAUAAGGGGUAUCACCAACUGAAAACCACAAUAUAAACAAGGAAAUAAUAACGACUGUAUAAACACGACCUAGAGAGAGAAAUCACUCUUUCAAACUCUCAUCCAACAACUCCCUAUCCAAAACAUCAGCAUGAAUAACCACAUUCUUCGCCGGAAGAGCAG